AAUCACAAGAUGCCUCUAGGGCCAUUUGGGGAGGUGGUGGGUACCACUGGGACUCUAGAGGCCCUUGGUCCAGAUGCAAGUAAUUACAAAAGCAAAGUUAUUGCUCCCAGAAACCCCAAACUUCUGAAAGAUGAUGAAGAAGGACACAAGAUGACACCUAGCAAAUUUAUGUUUGAUAUGCAAAUGAACACAGAGCAAAAAUUGGCCAACACUCAUAUUAUGAGAAUUCCCAAGAAAAUAGAACUGCUGGACAUGGCUGACACCAGCCUCCAGAAGUUUUCACAAGUAAAUAUUGAUGAACCAAUGUUUCAACCAUUCCCAUCUGAAAUUUACUUUCAAAACUUUGAGCCAUAUGAGGUUUAUGAAGUACCAUUGAUCUUGAGAAAUAAUGACAAGGUGCCGAGACUUGUAAAAGUGACCCAGGCUGACUCGCCAUACUUUGAAAUUAUCAGUCCACAUGAUGUGGGUCAUAAAGUGGGACCUGGACUUCCUACAACAUUCAAAUUACAGUUCCGUCCCGAGGAGAAAAAGGAUUACAAUCAUGAACUUGUGUGCAUCACUGAACGUGAGAAGUUUAUAGUGCCAGUACGUGCAAUUGGAGCCAGGGCAAUUUUGGACUUUCCUGACAACAUUCAUUUCCCAGCAGGCCCUGUGAAGAACACACACUCCAGAACUCUUCUGGUCAGAAAUGUGGGCAACAGCGAGGCAAAGUUCACACUUUCCGCAGAACCGCCAUUCAGUGUCACUCCUGAGAUAGGAACUUUAGGGGUACAGGACAGUAUGCAGGUUACAGUAGAAUUCACACCCCAGAAAGUGGGUGAUUACAACUCAGACCUUGUCCUUCACUAUGAUACAGGUGAAGAUGUGCUGAUUUCACUGUAUGGAGGGGCACAGGAUGCUAAUGUACGAUUGGACAAAAACUCAAUUAGGAUAGAAAACACGUACAUCUCCAUGGCCAAUCAAAGAACAGUGACGAUUCACAAUCGUUCAGACAUUAUAGCCCACUUUAGAUGGACACAGUUUGCCACAAAAGAAGAGGAAGACCAGCAGAAGAUGUCCAUGACUUCAAGACUUUCCCUGGAGGAAAGACAAGACUCCAAUAAAUUCCUAGAGGAGUGUGUCCAGGACCCUACCCUGAGGGACAAACUGUCCAUCCUCAACAGGACAUUCCAGAACAGGAGAAAGCUGGUGGAGAAUGACAAGAUGUUGUUUAAUGACGACGUCAUCCAGAUAGAACCAGUGGAGGGGGACGUGUGGCCAAACUCCAGCUUCGAGGUCAAUGUCAUCUUUAAACCUCGGGAGGCUGAGACCUGUAUGAAGACGGCUUUUUGUGACAUCACAGGUAGAGAAAGCAGACUCCCUCUCCGUAUCCGUGGUGAUGGAAUAGGACCAAACGUGCAGUUCUCUUAUGAAACUCUAGACAUGGGAAAUAUUUUUAUUGGAUCCAAGCAUUAUUAUGAGAUCAUUUUGAUCAACAAGGGCGAUAUUGAUGCCAUCUACAGUGUGAUGCCCACAAAGACUAUUUUUGGACCUUGCUUCAGUUUUAACCCUGCUGAGGGCAUUGUGAUGCCAGGGGGACAUCAGGCUAUUCAGAUCUCAUUUUCCAGUCCCUAUCUAGGAGAUUUCUUGGAGGAAUUCUCUUUCCAAGUUGAUGGACAGCCUCAGCAGCUUAAAGUGUCUUUCACUGGAUCUGUCAUUGGACCUACAUUCCAGUUUGAUGUACCAAAAAUCAAGUUUGGAACAAUCUCCUAUGGUUUUCUGAACACUCAGACGUGUAAGCUUCAAAAUACUUCCUUGGUCCCCAUGAAAUUCCACCUGAGAGUUCCUGGGGAUGGAACAACCCCUAGUGUCUGUUGCACUGAUGACCUAGACAACAAUUCAACAGAUAGUAGCACACCAGCUCCUCCCCCAGGGGCAGGGCAACCCAGGGAGUUUGAGAUCAUUCCCAGCUCAGGGACUCUCCAACCUCAGAGUGAACAGAAGAUUACAGUGAAGUUAAUCUCGAAUACAAUCAAGAAGUAUGAGAUGAACUUGGUGGUGGAUGUGGAAACUGUUGGAGAAGAUGUGCUGUCUCUUCCUAUCAGUGCCAAAUGUGUAGUGCCUCCUGUCACAGUUCUGAGUCCCAUUUUGGAUUACGGUCGAUGUUUUCUACGUCAUCCAUACGAACACUCUGUAAAGCUUCAUAACGACUCAGAUUUGCCGGCUAAAUAUGAACUUCUGCCACAGCAAAUAAAUGAGGAUACGCCAAUACUGUACAGUAGUCCCAGAUCAAAGGGCAUUGUGGAACCCCACUCCCUGUGUGAUGUCCCCCUCCUGAUUGAGGCCCAGAUGCUUGAGGAACAAGACAUAGUAGCCUACUUCUCCAUCUUUGGCAGUCCAGACCCACCUUUGGGUGUACAUAUAUCGUGUAUUGGUGAGGGUCCAGUUGUACAUAUCACUCCUAAUGAAUUGGACUGGGGGGUAGUGCCAGUCCUGACCAACAUUCCUAUGGUCAUCACCCUCUCUAACGAAUCCCUCAUACCAGCUCGCUUCACUGCCAACAUGGUGAGACCUCGCUCAGCCUUCAGUGUAGACCCUGUUGAGGGUGAAAUUCCAGCUGAGAAGUCCUUGGACAUUAAAGUCAUUGCACACCUUGACGAUGCUGUCCGCUUCCAGGAUAAACUACAGCUAAGUUUCCUGGAAAGUCAGGUCCGCUACAUUCCUUUGACUGGCUACGGUCAGGGCACCACCAUAGUGUCAGAUCCACCGCUCACCCCUCAGCUUAACCUAGGACCCAACUUCAGUAAUCGUCCUCUGAAGAAGUCAUUCAAACUGACCAACAAAGGGAGGCGACACCAGCAGCUGGUCUGGAGUUUGGAUGGUUUUGGUCCCGUGGGUAAAGCACGGAAAGAUUUAGCUGCUUACAACCCACUGGACAUGAAAUACAGGAAUGUCCCUCCUCCACCCCAGCCUCCAAAGCCAAUAUUCAGCCUCAACCCAAACAGAUUUGACCUUCCACCUGGGGCCAGCUUUGAGAUGUUUAUUGAGGGCUUUGUAGAAAGCCCCCAGUUUGUGAGGGAGCGCAUGCUGUGUCAUGCCAUCAUUGGCAGACAAGGAGGAAAGGAGCUGAUUAUGAGGGUGGACGUGUCUGCUGACUUCAUCAGUCCACUACUGGAAUUCUCCACCAAAUCUGUCUACUUCAGGUGUGAUAAGAAACCUCAUGACACCUUGAGUAAGAUGGUCAGAGAUUUGAAGAUGAAAUGUGUCUACACUGCCACUGACCACUGGUCUGAAGUUACAGAGGCCAUUCAGAUCAUACUAGAUGAUGACUCCAGGGUGUCUGAAACGGAAAUACAUUUGGCCGUUGGGAAGGAGUACACUUUGAGAAUUGAGUUUGACCCAGCCUACAAGGAUGACCUUCACAUUCGGACCAUUGAUGAAGUUCUACACAUUGCAUACAAGGAGCAUCCCCACAUUGAUUACAUAGCUCUGCGUGGAGAGGUCUAUUUCCCCAAUCUGGAGUUUGAGAAGACUGUGGUAGACUUUGGCUGUAUCCUGAAUGACACCGAGGUCACAAGAUAUAUAAACAUCACCAACAACAGCCCAAUGGAGGUCAAAUACAGAUGGUGCUUCCUGAUUGGGGAUGAACCCUGUACUGUUAUCAAUCGCCCACCUCCCAGAAAACCGACCAUCAAACUGGAGGAGGUGGUGGAGGAAGAAGACGUGCUGGAGGAAGAGGAGGAGGGGACAGAGAAGGUGGAGGUGGUCAUUGAAGAGGAAGAGGAGAAGAUGGAAGAGGAGGAAAAGGCAGAAGUGGAACCUACUAAGGAGGAAGAAUCCAAUCUUGAGCUGACAGAACCAAGUGAAGAGGUCAUUAAGAAGCCUGAAGAAGAUGAGGAAGACAAUAAGCUGAUUGACGAGCAGACAGCGAGUCCCCGGGCCGAGAGUCCCGCUCAGGAGGAUCAGGUGGAGAAGGGACAACUAGAACAGGAGGGCAUGCCGGAACACGGAGUGGAGAAGGACCGGACCGAUGACCUGAGGAUCAGUAUCGGGUCAAUGAAGGAGGCUCCUGUAGAAGACGACCCUCUGAAGAGUAACCGUGCACUGAGUCGUCUACUGGAACAGGAGAGAGAGGAGUUGUCUCCCAUUGGUAUUGAAGAGGUGUUUGACAUUUUGCCUCUGUAUGGAACACUGAUGCCUGGUGACACAGAACAAGUGACCAUGACCUUUUAUGGUCAUGCAGACAUUUGGGGUCAGGCAAAGGCCAUUUGUGAGGUUGAGGGUGGCCCUACUUAUGAGAUCAUUCUGAAGGGAGAAGCUUCACUAGUUGAAUACAAGUUUGAUACAAAAGAGAUUGAUUAUGGAAUGCAGAUGUAUGACCAUGUCUGCACUGCUGAGAUUACUCUAGUUAACCUGGGAAAAGUUGGUUUUGAAUUCACUGGAGUAGGCAUGGAUCCAGCUCAAGCCAAGAAACCUAAGCCAGGUGUGCCAAUAAUGGUGCCUCACACUGGUUACAUUGAGCCCCUGAGCCAACAGAAGCUUACUGUCAAGUACCUGCCUGGAGUUCCUGAAGAUUUCUCCAAGAGCUUCACAAUCCAAGUUGCUCAUUUUGAACCAGAUGAAAUUAAGAUCCAUGGAUCGGGAGUGUUUCCCCGUAUUUCCCUGGAUCUGCCCAGAAGCAAUGACCCAGAGGGCUACUACCAGGAACUGGAAACUGCUGCUCGAGAAAAUCUAGCCAAGACAGGAAGAAAAACCACCAAGGCAAUGGAGCGACCCAGUAGUGGCCUGGCAACACACGCUCUCAGACACGAUCAUAUGCAGGGUGAGAUGUCAACACAACCUCAAGAACUGGAGGUACAGAUGGAAGUAGAACGUCUGGCUGUUCAGCAGUUUGCUCUUGAUCAGCAGGCUCAGAUACAAGCUCGUCCUGACCUGUAUGAUGUCACACCCCCGGACAGUAACGAGAGCCGAGAAACCAGUGACUCUAAGGCUCCAAAGAAAAAGAAAGUCAAACCAAGACUUCCAGAAUAUAUUUUGGACUUUGGUCAUCGUGUUUUGGGAACAGUGUGCACACACAUCAUAAGGGCAACCAACACCGGGGUGUUUCCUGUCUCUUUCCAAGUGGAGCGUGAUGAUGUGCAUCGCUAUGGAUUCCAUGUGGAGCUGGAUCGGGUCCGGAAUUUGCCCGGAGCUCCAGACCAUGAGACAGUGGACUUUGUUGUUAGUUUUGAUCCCAGGGGAGCUAAUCUGCCCCUAGGACCCAUAGAAACUGUAGUACCAAUUAAUAUUUUGAAUGGCCCAGUCAUUCAAUUGAAACUGAAGGCUAACGUGACAAUGCCAGACAUGGAAAUAUCUGAUGAUUCUCUGGACUUUAGUGAAGUGAAAUGUGGAGAAUGUAAAGUUAUCACAGUACAGCUCUACAACCAACAGCAGGUCAAAUGUGAGUGGAACUCACUGCCCUCGGAAAAAGAGCUCAGAAAGGCUGAGAAACAUGUCCCAAUGCAUCUGCGGAGGAAACAAAAAGAUAAAGAUAAAACAAAGCCUCGUCAUUUUGAGAUCAUGCCUCCUACUGGUGUUCUGAUGCCAGGACAAAGAAUCAAUGUCCAAGUCAAGUUUAUGCCCACUGAAGAGAAAUUCUAUGAGCAGAGGAUUCCCAUCAGAAUCUACCAGAGCAGUCAGCGGAUCCUCUUGUUGUGUCGGGGACAAGGGUUGGAGCCCAGAUUGGAGUUUGAUCGUAACCUUGUGGAAUUUGGUCCAAUUCUGCCACACAGCAGUGGAGAUGAACAGGAAAUCAUAGUCAAGAAUCCCUGUAAAUUCCCUAUAGAAUUCUACAACUUGGAGUUUGACUCAACAUAUCUAGAGGAAGAAAAGAUUUUACGAAUCAUGAAAGGAUAUGACGAAUACAACACAAUCUUACUGCCUCCAAGAGGCACUGGAGAAAAAUUACCCCCAGAACUGAUAGAAUUUUAUGAAGAGCAAAUGAAGAAGUUGGAGGAAUCUGAACGUGCCCGAAAAGAGGCUGAGGAAGCUGCUCUGGCCGCUAAACGUGAGCUGGAGGAUCAGACCGGGGAGGGGGAGAGUGAAGAAGGAAAGGAGGAGGACUCUGUCCGCACAGAUCUACCCCCAGGGACAAACGAUUCCCGUGCAGGGUCCAAAGCAGGGACUGUUGAAGCACUUGAUCUCGAGGAUCGUCUGAAGAAAGAUGAGAUGGAUGAUGUAGAAGAAACUGCCAGCAGUAUUGGAGUGGGAGAAUUAGAGAUUACCCCAGUAUCUGCAGCCAUUGCUAGACAUCUAGGUAUUGACCUCACCCCUGAGGGUAAAGCUGCCAGGAACAGAAGAGGGCUGGCUAUAAUUGUCCAUGGUGCUCCCAUGUCAGGAAAAACAGCUACAGCUAUUGCUCUGGCUAAGAAAUAUGAGGCUGCCAUUUUGACUGUUGAUCAGGUAAUAUUAGAUGCCAUCUCCAGUGGAAACACAUCUGCAGGUCUGCGGGCCAGGGAGAUGUGUCAAGAGGCGGCUAGGAAAAGGGCCGAGGAGCUGAAACUGCUGGAGGGAGAGGAAGCCGAGAAGAAACCAGGAGGACUCAGUGUGGAACAACUUACAGCACACACUCAAGUCACCACGGGCGCCACCACUGUACCUCAGACUACUUCCAUCAUCUCCAAUCGUAAGACUAGCACUGUUUCAGAUGUCAAAGGCUUGAAGGACAAGCACCACGGUAGUACAGCCGCAGGGAAAACGGGCAUCAAUACGUCCUCAAUAGAUGGAGCCACUGGUAGUCAGCAAACCAGUAGUAAGACACUGACCACAUUACAGGCAGUUCCUGGUCAUGGACACCCACCAGAAAAAGGCGGGGCUGGUCAUGCUCCGCCCACCAAGGGCGCCCACGCAGAGAAGGUCCCCAGCAGUCCCCCACCUCUAGCAGCCCCUAUUGCACGGCGCCUCAGUGUCAGUGCCAGCGUGGCUGGUGAGGAGGGGCUGAUGAGCUGCGUACUGCCAGAGGACCUCAUCGUGGAAAUUCUGUCAGAGAGGCUCCAGUUAAAUGACUGCCACAGGGGUGUUGUUUUUGAUGGCCUUGAGAAUCUGUUUGCCCAGAAUCUGUAUAUCACUGCCCACUCCAUACUGAGGGCGCUAAAUAACCGCAGAUUUAUCUACUUUGUGACAAUGAAACUGGAUUAUAACGUUCUCAAGGAGCAGGAGAAGAAGGCCGAGGAGGAAAGAGUGCGACAAGAGAAACUGAAGGAGGAAGAAGAUAGACAGAGACUGGAGGAAAUGUCAGAGGAUGAAUAUGACGCUCUGUCUGACGAAGAAAAAGCCGAGGUGGACAGAAAACGACUGGAAAUCAAGAAGGAGCGCAUCAGAAAAGAAAUGGAGGAGAAGAUGGAAAGAGAGAGGAAACAGAGAGAAUUAGAGGAAAUAGAGAGACAAAGACUGGAGGAGGAAAAGGCUUUGAAGAAAGGAAAGAAGAAGACGGCUGAAAAGAAAGAAGAGCCGGCCAAGGACGGAAAGAAGGGUACUGCAACAGGGAAGCCACAGAGUGCCAUGGACUCUCGUGUACAGGCCUCCCGGGCUGGGGCUAAGGACGGGGAACAUGGCAGUAAAACCGGCGCUAAUGAACGACCCGAGUCCCAUCAGACAGAGAAAAGCGACACAGCUAUGGAUGACAAGAAAGCAAAGAAGGGUAAGGAUGGUAAGAAGGAUGAAAAGGGGAAAGAGAAAUCAAAGGAACUGACAGAUCCCCCACAGGAGGAAUUACCUCCCCCUCCCAAGGAAUCAGAAAUCCUGCUCAUGCAGAGAUUCCGCACCUUUGAGCAUGCUCAAAAAGAUAUCAUGGAAAUGAUUGAGUUCUGGGACAGAACCACUCUGAGUCUGAAGAGGCCACCUACACCAUCAGAGAAAUCUGAGGACGAUGCGGCUCACCACCCUCCGUCUGGAAAAAAGGGAAAAGGGGGCAAAGAUAAACAUGAGAAAGAAAAAGAGAAGGAGAAAGAGAGACUGAAACAGAUAGAAAAGGAGAAUGCAGAGAAAGCAGCCAAAGAGGCUGCAGAGAAGGCUGCCCAGCAGGGUGAGGGUGAUGGAUUGGACGGUGAGGUCAUGUUUGAUGAAGCAGCAAAGGAAAAGGAAGAAGAUGGCACAGGAGUACCAAACAUCGUCGUAGACUGCUCAGAUAAAUCAGUGUCUGCUUACGAUAAAGUACUACAGACCAACAGACUGCCCUCCAUGGAAGAGGUUCUUGAUGGUCUGGGUCUUGGCCCAAAAGGACCACCAAUCCCUCCCCCUGCUGCAUUUGCUGUGGUUCCUUUCCCAGUGAAGAGAAGAGCACCACCAGUCAGUGAAUUUGGAGGCCGCUACAUUUUUGUAGCAUCAUCCCCUGAUGAUCCAAACAUAGGGGCACCUGACCCUAAGGAACUUGAACCGGAAGAGGAGAAAUCUGUGACUCCAGACAAGACAGAGCACACUACGCCCACCAAAGGCAAGGGGGGCAAGGGGAGUAAAGAGGACAAGAAAGAUAAGGAAGACAAGAAGGGGGAGCGUAAGAAGAGUGCCGAGAGGCGGACGGGAACAGCCACAGGAAAGUCCUCAUCACGACGCAACUCAAUGCAGGUGGCAUCCCCACCACCAGGGGCUACAACUCCUGUGUCAGACAUCGAUGCCUUAAGCUCCACAGGGGAAGGCGUGGCUCUCGGUGAGGCCAAAACACCCAAACUGUCAAUUUUCCGAUGGAUAAUCCCAGCCAAUGGAGAAGUUGUUAUCAGGCUGCGCUUCCAGUCAGAAGAACUUGGUCAGUUUGACCAGACCCUGAACUUUGAGAUUGUGGGAACUCGUAGAAGAUACCAGCUCUACUGUAGAGGGGUGUGUGCUUUCCCCUCUAUCAGCCGUGAACCCAGGAUUGUGUUCCCAAAUCGCAAGAAGAACAAGAAAUCUGAUGAAAUUGUUCACAAGAAAUAUAUUCUUGCUACAGAGACUUUUGAAUUUGGUCCACUCUCUCCAGGAAAAUCCAGAGCAGACAUGAAGAGUGGUCGAUUCCCAGAAACCAUGGAGAAGAUAACGAUUUGUAACACCUCUCCUCUGGAGGCUGAUAUCAGCUUCUGUUAUCUAGAGGACAGUAAAGGAGAGACGUUCCUCUUAGAUCCCACAAAUAUGAUUCUGAAACCUGGCGAGUCUCAACCCCUCACCAUCUGGGCGUACCCGCGACAUGAGGGGCACUAUGAGGAUAAGAUUGUCUGCUGUAUUAGAGAGAACCCCGAGCCUGUGGUGUUUAAAGUCUGCUGUGAUGCCUUCCUUCCAGCUCUGGAAUUAGACAAAAAGGUGUUCCACUUUGACAGUGUCCUACUACACAGAAAAGACACCAAGACCAUUUACAUGAGGAAUAACACCCAGCUGCCGGUGAAGUGGAAGAUCACAGGCUGGGAAAACCUCGGGGAUGACUUCACGCUGGCGGAGGAUAACGGAGUCGUGGAGCCUCUGUCUGAAGUCCCUCUCCAUGCUUACUUCAGGGCCAUGAAACCCGUCUCCACCAUCAAAAAAAUGAUCAGACUGGAGGUAUCUGAUCUUCAGGAGAUCACUGGUCUGUUUUCUAACGAGGCUAUUCAGGUCAUGGCUGAGGCUUAUGACGUUGCUCUGGAUGUCAGUUUCCAAAAAGGAAAUGAUGGAGGACUAGAUUUUGGAACUGUAAAAGUUGGUCAGGAAGAAAAACUCACAUGUCAUCUCAAAAACAAAGGCAAAUUUGAGAUUCAGUACAACUUUGUGUUUGACAAUUGUGAUCCCAAGAACCCAAAUCCCUGGGACUUGUUCACUGUGAAUCCCAGUAAGAUGACUCUGAACAUGAACGACCGACCCCAGCCAGUCACGGUGUCCUUCAAAUCAAACAAGGAGGUUCACAUAAAAGAACAGCCUAUCCUCAAAUGUCAGGUCAUUGAGCCGAGACUUGGUGAUGGAGGGGAAAUUAUAGCAAACAUUCCCAUCAAAGUUUCCGCUGAAGCCGAAUUUGCAAAAUACUCAAUCUCCCCCAUCAGUGACAUUAACUUUGGUGCUCUGUUAGUGAAUAAUAAAAAGCAGAAAAUGUUCACUAUUUAUAACCAGGGCAAAUAUGAAUUUAAAUACACCAUUACCCUAAUGCAGAAGGAUAAGGACACACAGCAGGGUCAGGCUCGAGGAAAUCGCCCGCCUGUAAAAGACAACAAGAGAAGUCGAUCUCGAGAUGGCUCGAGCUCAGGACGCUCAGUAGCCAAACCCAAGAAAACCGACUCAGUCAGUAGUGAAUAUAACAGCUAUAGCAAGGCUGGUUUAAUUGAUCGCACAGCGUCCAGAAAUCUGCAACCUUCCAACCAAACUAACAGACGCACAGGCCUGUACAGACAAGAGGGAGUUGGUGGACAAUCUCGUCUGCAGUUUAAGAUCUUCACUCUGUCCCCGGCUUAUGGAAUUAUCUACCCUGACCACAGCCAGCAGAUCCUUGUGGAGUGUGCCGCAGAGGUCCAGGGCAGAUUUGAUGAGGAGCUGUCAAUAGAUAUCACAGACCGUGAUCCCUCAGAUCACUACCCACAUGGAAUCUCCUACAGAAUCAUUGCUGAGACUUGUACACCCUCCAUCAAUGUCGAUGACAUCAGCUCCAUCUUUGAGGAACAUAGAAUUGUCAAGAAUCUGGCUUUGUGGCAGCACCAUAGUCAGAGUGCUGAAAACACUGCAACUGAUGGAGGAGUGUAUGGAGAAGAUGACAAGAAGUUUAUCUUUAACAAUGUGAUCAUUGGACGUAAAGCUAAGGCUCGCUUUAAGAUCAGUAACACCAACAAGGUGCCCUGUGACAUUCUUUUCUCCGUAAAACCAGUACAGACAAAGGGAACCAGACAACAGCAGGAUAUAUUUGAGGUGGAACCAGUCAGGGCUCAGAUCAUGAACCACAGUCAUGUGUAUGCCACCGUGACCUUCACACCUACAUCUAUGCAGAAUUUCAAUGCCAUAUUUGAGGCAGCCAUUGAGGGUGUAGCAACCAACCAAGCUAGAGGAAAGAACCUGACGUUCGAAGUUUCUGGAGAUGGAAACCUUCCCAGAAUAAACAUACAGAAGCCAGCAGUGCGUAACAAGCGUGGUCAGGCUCUGAUGCUGUUUAAGAAGAACUUGAUUAAUAGUACAGAGACAAUGCCUUUGGUUCUGGUCAAUGAUGGAACACUGCCCAGUAAGGUGGACAUUGACCUGAUUGACCAAGAUAAUGUGUUCCAACUCAAACCAGCAGAUGGUACCAAUGCUAUCAUGGAAGAUGAUUAUGAAGACACAAAACGUCCACACACUGCUUCAGUGGUUGUUGGAGUUGGAGAGACAGCAUCUUUCACUGUGACCUAUAAACCCACAGCAGUUCAAAGGUCACAGGCCCACAUCCAUUUAAUGGUAGUGGACAACCAGUACGAAGAUUCCGUCAUCCAGCUGGUGGGUGAAGGUUACCAGGAUGAUAUCACCCUGGACAACAUCCACAGUGUAGGGACUGGUACAGAACUAGACCUCGAGGAAGGAAACAUGGCAGAAGAUGAUGUAGCAGCUGCCAAGCCAAAUUUGAUAAGAUUUGGUGACUGCUUCAUCAAUGAGCCAAGAACUCUGUCCUUCUCAAUGAGAAACCAUUCCAAGACAGAUUGUCUGAGGUUUGCGUGGCCAGACCACCCACAGCUUAAAUUCUCUCCACAAGUGGGUCACCUUCAUGCUAACACUGCCAAAGACAUGACAGUGACCUUCAAGUCUGACCAGCCUAAAACCCUGACUGAGAGUCCAAUCAACUGUAAGGUCACCAAGAUUACAUUUGACAAACCUCAGAAGGUGUCGGACUGGGACGAUAGGAUUCGCACAGUCAAGUGGAUCGAUGUCCCCACCUCCCCACAACCCUCAAGUGAAGGAGGUGCCAAGGCUCCCUUGAGUAGUCGUCCAGCCAAGAAGAAGGUGAUUGAGACAGAAACUGAGCCCGCUCACACAGAGCAGGCCGACUCAAGUAGGAAUGUUGAGCUCUUAGUGUCAGCCGUAGCAGACUACUGUAAAUAUGAAAGCAAGAUUGAGUCCAUCCACUUCAAAGACACCCUCAUGUUCCAAAGCAGAGUUUAUGAAUUUACUAUCAGCAAUAAGGGCACCAUUAAGAUGGAUUAUAGCUGGCAGGUAGUCAUGGAGAACAUGCCCCCACCUCCACAGAGGGCUGUGACCUUCGUGUCAGAAGGAGACCGCCCAGAGUCCAGAAUGGAGGUCCCUGACUCGAGCUAUGUACCAUUCAGUAUUGAACCUGAGUUUGGAACAAUCUCAGGUGGCAAAAAACAGAGCUUCACUGUUAAGAUGGCUCCUUUGGAUGUCAGUGAAUACGAAGGAAGACUUAUUUGCACGAUCCCUAACCUUGAGAAGGAUCAGCAGGGCCCUGUGAUUGGUCUGAAAGGGAAAAGCCUGAUGCCGUACUGUCACUUUGAGCUUGAGGACUCGGACUAUAUCAGUGGUGCCCGGAGGAAUCCAGAGAUGAAGGGACCUAAUGGAGCACCCCCAGGAUCCACCCUAGAUCCCAACACUAGGGUCAUAGAGUUCAGCUGCAUUGGGAUUGGUGUCAAAAACACCAAAACAUUUGCCAUUGUGAAUCCCACAAGUCAGCCAUAUACCUUUGAGUGGUCGUGUGAAGACGAGGAUGAUGCUAAAAAACCCUCAGCAUUUAAAUGUCUCACCCCCAAGGGCAGCGUUAAAUGUGGAAAGAAAUACCAGGUCUCUUUUGAGUUCACCUCUCAGGAGCUUACUCUGGUGGAAUCCUUCUGGAGGUUCCACAUUCCUGAGCAGAACAUCAGUGUCCCAUUCCUGUUGGUGGGUCAGGCCCGUGAACCAGAUAUUUCCAUGGACAGAUCUCACAUGAACUUCAAAGCUCUCCUCAUUGGUCACGAGGCUGUGGAGACUGUGUACCUGAUGAAUAACGAGGACCAGCCAUUCUUCUUCCAGUUUGAGGAGGAUUCCUGUCAUUCCGCUGGCUUUGCAGCUCACCUUGGGGUCAGUCCCAUGUCUGCCACCAUCCCUGCCAAAUCUCGUUCUCUCUAUCUCCGUGGUUGUCAGGAGAGCUGGCAUUUUUAUCGUCCAUUCCCUGGGGUUUUUGAGAAACUGAAGGUUUCACCAACUCGGGGCUUAAUUCAGCCCAAAUCCAGAAUGCCAAUAGAGCUGUACUUUGUGCCAAAUUCUGACAAGGAAGUGAACUUUAACCUUGUGUGUAAGGUCAAACGCAAGGUGCUCCCUGUGACCUUAAAUGUGAAGGCGGAAGGAUAUGCCAUGAACUGUCAGCUGUUGUGUGAAGACUCCACAGGCGUCAACAAAGAGUUUGUGUCUGAUGGAAUUAACAUCAUUAGAUUUGGAGAGGUUGAGGUGAAUGAAAAACAGCUAAGGAACCUGACCAUUCUGAACACAGGCAAGUUUAACUUUGAUUACGAGUGGGAGCUACACAUGUCCAACAAAAAGAGGGAGAUGGUGACCAUCGAGCCAAUGAGUGGAGGAGUGGAGCAUGGAAACCGGGUCAACUGUAAACUGACCUUCUGUCCUCCCUGUAGGACCACGCUCAAGGACACAGAAAUUGUCCUCAAGAUCUCUCAUGGCCCUAGCUAUGUGAUAAACCUGGAGGGAUUGGGUGUGACCCCAGGCCUGGGAUUUUCCUUCCCCAGCUACAACUUUGGAAACUGCUUCAUCAUCAAACCUGGCAUUCCACCCAAGACAAAAGUACUCACUCUCACCAACAAAGACAAGAAAGAAAUCAGUGUCGAGUGCCUGUAUCCCAAUAACGACUACCUGAGGCACACCUUUGAGAGUGGGAUCUGUAUUCCUCCCGGUAAAUCCUAUGACAUGACCUUCACCUUCUGUCCGAGGGAGGCCAAAAAAUAUGUGGAAACUGUUCAGUUUGAAAUCAAUGGUUUAUCAAAACAGAGUGUACAGAUGAUUGGCACUGGAACAGAAUUAAAGGUUGAAGUUGCUGACCCUAAACACAAGAUUGUGAACCUGGGAGCCUCAGAAGUUACCAAAAAUUCUCCAAAGAAAAAGAAAUUUAUCCCAAUUAUCAACAACAGUCCUGCUCCAGUGACCUUUAACCUGGCCUUGACCCCAGAGACUCCUGCUCUUCAGUCAACAGGUGCCCUGACCAUAUCUCCUACAAACACUAUCACCCUAGAACCGGGUGGCAUGUGUAAAGUAGAGGUGGCCUUUGCCAGCAAUACCAGAAUUCCACAGUUCUCGGAGGAAGUGACAAUGGAGUUUGCUGGUCAAUAUGAGACCUUGUUUGUAGUUAAAGGUCAGUGUUUGGGUAUGGAGGUCAGUUUGGACACCACAGCAAUCCCAUUCCCUACUGUAGUCAAGGGCAGCUCCAGCUCGAGGAAACUCAUCAUGAGUAACACUGGGGACAUGACAGCCAGGUUUAAGUGGGACCUGAAGAAAUUUCGUCCUGACUUCUCCAUUUACCCAGUAGAGGGCUGCAUCACUCCUGGCAUGGAUGUGACCUUUGAGGUCACCUUUGAACCUAAGGAAGCUGUAGCUGACAUCAGAUAUGAUAACCUGAGGUGCUUCUUGGAAGACCCUGUUACUAGGAAACCUGGAGUCCAUCCUCCAGUAACCUUGACCUUAACUGGGGGAUGUACAGCACAGCCCACCACAAAAGAAGUUCCUCAGCACUUCACCUGUCCAGUCCGUUCCACAGAUGUAAAGAAUCUACAAAUCACUAACAAGACUAACGCCCUGUGGAACCUGAAGCCUGUUAUUGAUGCUGAGUACUGGAGUGGUCCCCUGACCUUUACAGUGGAGCCCCAGACCAUGAACAAACCCUACCCCAUCUCAUACCACCCCCUCACCAUGACCCAGGAGGGCAAGAAACACACAGGCACGGUGUUCUUCCCAUUACCUGACGGCACUGGUCUUCUGUUUACUGUCAGUGGUACUGCAGAACCUCCCAAAAUGAACGGAGGACAGAAAAUUCUGAAUGACAUCCCCUGUAAGGUCCCUUUUGUAGAACACUUGCCUGUUGAGAACUGGCUGAAGCGGCCUCAGAGGUUCUCUGUGAAGUGGGAAAUCUUGAGACAGGAUACCAGACAGGACACUUCUACCGACAUUAAGGGCAUGAGUUUUAUUGAUGUACCAGCUAAUGGCAAAAAGGAUUACAAGCUUAAUGUAUUCGCCUACAAAGAAACAACUUUACCUCUAAAGGUUGUUUUUACAAAUGAUAAAACUGGAGAAUACCAGUGGUAUGAACUUCAGUACAAGUUCAUCAAAGGUGGAACCAUUGAAACAAUAGAACUGACGACACCAGUCAGGCAGAGUGCAUUUAAAAAGAUCAAAUUGGAAAACACCACCAAACAGGCCACCACAUUUAACGUCCAGAAUAAUAUCCCCGAGAUUCUCAUGCCAAACACAUUCUCUGUUCCACCACAGUCCACGUAUGAGUGUACCAUUGAGUACCAGCCCCUGAAGGUUGGAGAGUCCCUACAGAGAAUAGAGAUGGUGUCUAAUGACCUUGGGAGCUAUGUUUAUGAGCUGAAGCUCAAGGCUACACCAGCCAGACCUGAGAAAGCCCUGUACUUCAGAGCUGGCCUAGGACAAAGUCACAUCCAGGUUGCCAAGUUCUUGAACUUUGCCAAACAAGCAAAAGCAGAUUACACCUGCAAGGUGGACAAUAAUGAUUUCCACACAGAGAAGACGGUCGCGGCAGCUCCAGGAGCCCCAGGUGGCACAGAGGUAGCACUAGAUGUGACCUUUGAACCCUCCAAACUAGGAGAACAGAGAGCAUUACUGACUAUCAGUUCACCACAGGGAGGGGAAUAUGUCUUCCCUCUUUUUGGAACCUGUGUACCACCCAAACCACAGGGUCCUUAUGUAGUAAAAGCUGGAUCCACCACCUCCAUUCCAUUCCGUAAUGUAUUCCACCAGCAGACAGCCUUUACAUUCCAGGUAGAUAAUCCAGCUUUCCACCUCACCAAGCAAAGUGAGAACGUUAAGCAUCGUAAAGAGUACAAAAUUGUUGUUGGAUUUGAUGGAAACGACAGUGGAACAAAAGCUGGAGUGAUGGGCAAACUGAUUAUCACCUGUCCAAAGUCAGCUGGUGGCAGUAAUGUACAGUGGGUGUAUUACCUGAAAGGAGUCACCGUGUAAAUAUAGUGCUCAGAAACCUUUAAAUGUGAUAGAAUCAACUUUGAAGUGUUAUUUACAUAAAUGUUCCGUCCAUGGAAUUUGUACUGUGAUAAUUUUUUAUGUAUUUCCUGUAAGGUUGUUUUUCUAUUUAUUUUUGAAAAUCUCAAUUGUUUGGAAAUAUUCUAUGUCUUAUAAUAGAUUUGAAUUUUUUAUGAAGUUUCUCAUAUUGAAAUUGUCAAUCUUAUACAUGUAUGUGUAAAUAAAAUAUUGAAUUGUA